AUGACUGUUCCACCUGGAGGAGCUGGAGGUGAAAGUUUUAGUGAGGCAAUGCCAACAAUUUUAUUAACCCCACCAAAGAGAGAGCCAAUGCCUUUGAGAACACCUAAAUCGGUAUCACCUGCAUUGUCUAAUGCAUCAACUUCAUCAUUGUUUUUAUCGGUGAAUGCAACACCUCAGGGAAAUAAUUUUGCCUUUCCAUCACCAAAAGGAUUUAAUAAUUUGGAUACCCCUAAUAAUUUGUUUUUAAGAAAACCUUCAUCAGCCAUGCAAUCAAAGUCUGUUUUUGAGGGUCUUCCAGGAUUUAAAAAAUGUAAUCAAGAACAGUUUGAACAUCAUGCUCCAAAGGAUGAAAAACAACAAAAGAAGAAUCCAACUAAAUAUUCUAAAGAUAUUGAGGAGAGGUCAAUUAAUGCAGCCAAAUCGUAUAGAUUUUUUGAGGAUUCAAUUUUGAGAAAACCUUCUUUAACUAUUGGGCAAUACAAGAGAAAUAGCGUCCUGUAUGAAGCUGAUUUGAAGGAUUACAAAAGAUUGAAUAUGGUUGCUGCCAUGUCUGCAUUGGAAGAAACUCCAAUUGAAAAAUAUAAUCGCUUAAAACAGGAAAUUGAGGAUUUUAUUGGAGAAAUGGGAAGAAUGUCAGUGGAAAAUCCAAAAGUAAAACUUGUUGGAGAAAAUGUAGCAGUGUACUCUGAAAUAUUGGAGCAAUCAAAAGAAUUGAGGCAAAAGUUGGAAGUUGCAAAGGAUACCAAUACUUGCUGCUUUUUAGAAUUGAAUAACAAGGAGGAUGAGUCAACAAAUCAAAUUCUUAGCCAAAUUCAAUCCGAACUGGAUAAGGCAUUGGAAAAUCAGUUAAAUACUCUUGUUUCUCCUCAACAACAAACUCCAAAACUUCAAAAACCAAAGAAGGAAACUAUUUCUCAGGACUCUUCAAGAGUGUUAAGAUUGGAAAGAAGAUUGGCUCACUUGGAGAAAUUAGUUGGAACUGAGGAUGAAAGGAGAAAUGUCCUGCUUAAUGAUAAAAACUCCUCUGCCACUACGAAAAAGUAUGCAAGUCUUGAAACAGCCAUCAACAUUUUGGAAAAGAAGGUCAACACAAUUGAUCCUUUCUUUAUGCAAUCGUUAGAGUCUAGAAUUAAGAAUAUUUUGAAGGAUUUGGAAAAUAUCUCCACUCUUGAAGUUGUAAACUCUUCAUCAAUAAGCUUUAAUGGAACAAAAAUUGAAAAUUUAUAUCAAAGGGUCAGAAAGUGGGAUGAGUUAACAAAACAAGUUCCUAUGAUUGUUUCAAGACUGCAAACAUUGAAAAUUGUUCAUGAUGAAGCAAUAUAUUUUGCAGGAACUGUCUCAAAAUUGAAACAACAACAAGAGGAACUUUCUAGAUUGUUGGAUGGGAAUGAAAAAUUACUCACUAACAUUUCCACUAAUUUUGAUGAUAAUUUAGUGACUAUUAAUAAGAAUAUUAAAUUAAUCCAAACCAGGAUUGAGAAUAUCAAAAAGUAA